AUGCAAGUCUUACGACAAACGUUCAUCAAUGCUAUUCAACGACCGACAGUUCUUGUUCGACAAAUUCGAUUUGAAGGCAGUGAUCCACGAUCGUCAACAAAACCAGAAAAACAUCGAGGUUUGGGUCAAUCGAGUUCUGCAGAAGGUAGUGAUUUGAACAAAACGCAAGGUGAUCAAAAGAAGCAAAAGACACCAGUAACAGAUGAUACGAAACAGCCUGGUACAACACGCAAAGAUUGGAGUCAACCAAAUAAAGUUGUUGGAAAUGAUCCAUCAUACGGAAAAGCAUCUAAAUCGUGA